UAAAUCAACCUGGUAGCUUUCGUAUAACCUGUUUAACUAAUCUCAAAUCUCUCACCUCAUAUUUGCCUCUUUCAUCGUCUGAAUUACGUUAUCUGCACCGAUAAAUUUGACUUAUCAUAUAUCAUUCAUAUAUGUCGUGAUACCAGUUAUAUUACCCUUUCUUAUCCUAUCUGAUAUACUUUGUACUUGACGCCUAGUAACUUCCUUAUUGUCUGUCUUAUUCGUCUUAUCUUAGUUGUUUUACCUUUUAACUGUAUUUUUCUUGACCAUUGUUAUUAAUGUACUGGAAACCAGUUUCAUAGCUUGUGAGAGAUAAACCCCGACAGGGUUAACAUGGUUGUUAAUCUUUUUAUUUUCACGCUGUGGCCUGACUGUGUUUAAUCUAAAUAAACUCAUUUUGUAGUCAUCUCUUCAUUGUUGGUUGAUCCAUUGAGGAGCCAGGAAACAGCAUUUAUGCUAAAGUUAGUGAACUGUGUUUUCAGGGAUCGGCUGUCAGCCAGUGAUAUGCUUCACGUGCGAAAAGUGAUUGAGCACGUGUAUGAGAAGGUGAUAGGAAAUGAUAAUAGCAAUAACUCAGGUAACCAGGCCGAUAAAGAGCAGGCCGGGCCACCAACCGAGCAACAACUGGAGGAGUUAGGCGCAUUAGCUGAGGCCCGGGUCGAGCUGCUGUGUCAUGAACAGGUGGGUUUUUGAAGGUCUUGAAGAUUCCGUAUUAGUACGUAAGUAACGUAAUCAGACAGACCCGUGCAUGCUGACUUGAAUGACUUAUAGUCAUUCAAACGGUCGGUAGAUCAAAGUCUCUCAGUGAUGAAUUGUUCAAGUCAGCCAGACAUAUUAUUAUCAUAUCUUUAUUUCAGGAAAUCAAUCCGUCACAACCCAGUAAGUCACUAAGCCACUCACUCGCUCACUUUUAUAUCAAUUAAAUUGCAAUGUCUUUGUUUUAGGUAAUUUGUUAUCCUAGUAAAUAGAGAUAUACUGCUAUUCAGUUGUUCGUUUGUUCGUUCUUUCGUUUAUUCAGUUAGUAAGUCAAUCAGUCAAUUUCUUAAUUUAUCAACUCAUCAAAAUUUAAGAGAUUUCAUUGGUUUAUUUCUUGAUCCACCCUUUUGUUAGCCUUCGAACCCAGACGUGUAUCUGUUCGUCACUUUUUUCCACCCAAAAAGCCAGUAGCUCGGGUUCACAGACGUUACUUUUCGGAUAGAGAGAAGCGAAGACCCGAAAUACGUCUGCGUUCGCAGGCUAUUUUUUUGUAAUCUAAAAAUGUCUUCACUCGGCUAUGCUUUUCCUCCUGUUUACCUCUCCUUAAUAUACCUACACUCUGUAUUGUUGUCAGGUUUAGCUGCAUUUUUUCUUUCUUUAUACCAGGUAUUAGAUCCAAACAUGGAUUUGCGAACAGUCCGGCAUUUUAUUUGGAAAGGCGGAGGAGACCUGCUACUACAGUAUCGGAUCAUGAAAUAG